CUGACCCUUUCUUGUUUUGUUUGUUAGUCCAUAAACGUUUACUUGUGACAGAAGUCUUGCAAGUAUAUACUAUAGCCAAGUACCGUCUUCACUCUUUCUCUCUCUCUCAAAUAAAAAUGUCAUCUUUCGAAAUAUCUCACAUUGAUUUAGAAAAUGGUUCCGGCGAGAGGCAUUACGGUCGAAAUGACGUCAGUGAGAUCGGAGAAGACGGCUCUUCUUGGGAUGAAGACUACGAUUUCCACUCAGCUGUACGAAGCUUUUGCGGGGAGUUUGAGGUUCCUGAUGAUUUGGAGGACGUCUCAGAUUCAGAGUGGGAACCUUCUUCUCGAUCAUCUUUGAAGGAGAAAGAUUGCCGGAUUUGCCAUUUGGGUCUAGAGAGUAGCCGUCAUGAAUGUGGAGAACCAAUGGUUCUCGGAUGUUCUUGUAAAGAUGAUUUGGGUUAUGUUCAUAAGCAGUGUGCCGAUACUUGGUUCAAGAUCAAGGGUAACAAGACUUGCGAGAUUUGCCGUUCGAUAGCUCAAAACUUCUCUAAAGUUGCCAAUGAGAUUGAUCAAACAAAGAUUGAAACCAAUGUGGAUGACAUGGAGGAGGCGGGAAAUUCAUCCACAGUGGUGGAGACAAUAGAUUCUGAUGACCGGAGAUUCUGGAGCGGGAAUAAGUUUCUUAACUUUCUUCUAACAUGUAUGGUCUCUGCAUUCGUAAUCUCAUGGUUCUUCCACAUUAACUUGCCUUCACAACAAUGAAAAAACAAGAUUAACUUCCUCUGUUUUUCUCAAAUCUCAUUUUCUUUUGCUUUGAGUGGAAUUUGAUUCCAUGUUUUAGCUUUUUGCACGAGUGCAAUCA